CUAUGGAACUCGUUUGUUAAGGUGUGCGUUAUGACAGUUGGUGAAAUGGAUUAUAGUGACAUAUUUUACAGUGAUGUUUCGGUAGAUCCAUUUGAGGAUGCAGCCACCGUUUUAUUUAUGGCAUUUCUUUUUCUGAUGCCUAUUGUGUUGAUGAAUCUCAUGGUUGGUAUUGCAGUUGGUGACAUCGAGUAUAUCAAACAGAAUGCUAAUAUUGAAAAGAUCGAAAUGCAAGUCGAUCUAGUGAGGGGAAUCGAAUUAAAUUUACCCAUUUGGUUACAGAAACGAUUAUAUGUGAGAAGAAUGGUGGUCGAGCCGUAUAAAAGGAAGGCAUUCAAAAGGUUACGUAAUCGAUUUUCAAGACGGGAUGAAGGAGCUGAGAUUGCGGCAAAAGAAGAAGCUCGUAUGGCAAAAGAAGAAAACGUUUUCGAACAACUGAGAAAAGACGUUGACGAAUUCAAAUCAAAAAUGACGAACGCAAACACAAAUCUGACACUGAUGGUCGAAAAGCAGACGGAAUUGAUGAGAAAACUGGCAGAAAAGAUGGAAGUGGCUUACGAUGAAACAGAGUUUAUAACUGCAGAAAAAUAAUCCUUCUAAUCAUGACAAAAUUUCGAGUCUAAUUGAGAAAAUGUUCUUUUUAUGGGUUGAUUUGAAUCGAGAAUGACAAUGAUUGCAGCAUAGAUAACAUAUAUACCCGUACAUUUUUAUUUGAUGAUAUAUAACACGACUUUGAUACAUAUAGUAUGGCAAUGUAUAAUGUAUUUACCAAACCGUCACUGUCGAGAUAUACGAGAUAUACCCGCAUGAUAGAUACGUACACUGUCUAAGCACAUAGAGCAAUAAUAAAUGUCAUUCCUAUCUAUGACCACAAUAUAA